AUGAAUUCACCUUACACAGCUUUGCAGUAUUACCCAGAGUUUCCCUUUCAUCGACUCAGGGACCCAUCCCGUUUGUCCUGGAGAGAGAGCUCCUUCCUCACCACCAUGGCCCAGAAUCAGUCCGCACAGACAAGUGAUCUCUUCAGCCAAGAUGUAUUCAACCAACUGUUUGAUAUGCUGGACCAAUCUGCUAUUCACUCAAGCCAGCCCAUCGAACUAAACUUCACAGACAGUCCAACAGAUGGGUCUGCAGGAAACACCAUCCAGAUCAGUAUGGACUGCAUCACCAUGCAUGAGCCAGAUGAGACGCUUUCUUCACAGUAUACAAACCUGGGGCUCCUGAACAGUAUGGAUCAGAACAUUCAAAACGGUGGCUCGACCUCUACCAGCCCCUACAACAAUGACCACGCACAGAACAACGUGACAGCCCCAUCACCCUACGCUCAGCCCAGCUCCACCUUUGAUGCCCUUUCCCCCUCACCGGCCAUCCCAUCCAACACAGAUUACGCUGGGCCCCAUACCUUUGAUGUGUCCUUCCAGCAGUCCAGUACAGCAAAGUCUGCCACCUGGACGUACUCAACAGAACUAAAGAAGUUGUAUUGCCAAAUUGCCAAGACAUGUCCGAUUCAGAUCAAAGUGUUGACCACCCCACCACAAGGUGCUGUCAUCAGAGCCAUGCCUGUUUACAAAAAAGCUGAACAUGUGACCGAGGUGGUGAAACGCUGCCCAAACCACGAGCUGAGCCGCGAGUUCAAUGAUGGUCAGAUAGCUCCUCCGAGCCAUCUGAUCCGCGUGGAGGGAAACAGCCACGCCCAGUAUGUGGAGGACUCCAUCACUGGGAGACAGAGUGUCUUGGUUCCCUAUGAACCUCCCCAGGUCGGGACAGAAUUCACCACAAUUUUGUACAACUUCAUGUGCAACUCAAGCUGCGUGGGCGGAAUGAACAGACGCCCAAUCCUCAUCAUUGUCACUCUGGAAACCAGAGACGGUCAGGUAUUAGGCCGCCGGUGCUUCGAGGCCAGGAUCUGUGCCUGCCCGGGCCGAGACCGGAAGGCGGAUGAAGACAGCAUCCGCAAGCAGCACGUAACGGACGCCACAAAGAGCAGUGAGGGUACGAAGCGCCCCUUCCGCCAAGUUUCCCACGGCAUCCAGAUGUCCACCAUCAAGAAGAGAAGAUCUACAGAUGAGGAGGUUUUUUGUUUGCCUAUCAAAGGCCGUGAAAUUUAUGAGAUUUUGGUAAAAAUCAAAGAGUCUCUGGAACUCAUGCAGUUUCUGCCCCAACAUACAAUUGAGUCGUACAGGCAGCAGCAGCAGAAUCUCCUCCAGAAACAGUGGCCUCUCUGGGGUCACUUUCUCUCUCCUCCUCUGCCCUGCCCCAGGACUUCAAUGCAGUCUCAGCCUUCCUACGGCUCCAACUCCCCGACUCACGGAAAAGUCAACAAGCUGCCCUCCGUCAGCCAGCUCAUCAACCCCCAGCAGCGUAACACACUCACCCCAUCCAGCAUGUCUGGAGGCCUGACUGACAUGACUCCCAUGAUGGGCACUCACAUCCCCAUGAACGCUGACAUGAGUUCACUGAGCCCCACACAUGCACUGCAGUCCCAGCUUCCCUUGGUGCCUUCCUCCCACUGUACUCCCCCUCCUCCAUACCCAAUGGACAGCAGCAUCUCCAGCUUCCUCAUUCGGCUGGGCUGCGCAGGCUGCUUGGAUUACUUCACAGCACAGGGCCUAACCAACAUCUACCAGAUUGAGAACUAUAACAUGGAGGACCUGUCCAGGCUGAAGAUCCCUGCUGAGUUCCAGCACAUCAUCUGGAAGGGCAUCAUAGAGCACCAACAGGCCAUGGAUUUUUCCCCACCUCCCCACAUAGUGCGCACCACCAGCGGGGCCUCCACUGUCAGCGUGGGCUCCUCUGAGGCCCGAGGCGAGCGCGUCAUCGACGCCGUGCGUUUCACCCUGCGCCAGACCAUCUCCUUCCCACCGCGCGACGAGUGGUCCGACUUCUCCUUUGACCUGGAUUCUCGCCGCAACAAACAGCAGCGCAUCAAGGAGGAGGGAGAGUAA